AUGUCCAGAACCCCGAUCACAGCAUGUGACCAUUCGUCUCUCUGCUUUUCGUCCUCCCCACAUGCGACGGUGGCAGGUUUUAAAGGACUAACCAAACGACAACGUGUCGCCGCCACGAAAUCACAAAACAAAGUCUCUGAUGAUCCAAAUGAAAAAUUUCUCCAAGAAGAUGAUCGAGCAUUCCCUGCUCCUUUACUCCUUCCGGGGGAUGAUCUAUCCGAGGAUCCAGAUUACCCUGCGCAGAGCUUCCAAGAAUGGGUUGACGAUGAAGACCGCAAUCCGGUGACUCCCAAACAGAACAAAAUUUAUCUUUGUUCGAUUCCAGAAAUCUAUGAUGGUGUUGAGUUUCUCCGAGAAUGGAGACCACAAAAGCGUCUCGAAACUGUGAAUGAACAGUAUCAGCCACCGAGUCCACUCGUCGUACAGGGCUAUCUGGCUGCUUUCUAUCAUGGCUUGCCUGUUAGUAUGGCACCGUCACAUAAUAUGCGUUUUACGAAAUGGGAUGAAAACAAAAAGUCAUCCCGGAAGCAGAAAACCUCCAAGUACGUGGGUCUGGAUCUUGGGGGUGGUGAGAUUGUGCGAAUUCGUAUACGCGAAAGACCAGAAGGAGACUACGCCGGCCAGCUCAACUUGGAUGAUCUGCUCGACGCCGCCAUUACCGUGCUACCCAAAGAUGCAUACGCCCUGCUUCUCCUUGUCGAUUUCGAUCUCUACGAAGACGACGAAGACGACUUCGUCUGUGGUCGUGCAUACGGAGGGAGUCGAGUUGCGGUGGUAUCUACUGCAAGAUACAACCCCCUAUUAGACUACAACUACGAUCAUAACAUUGAGCGUGUUCAUCCCUGGCCUGCGUCCCAUUGUGAAAAAUACAUGAACACCUACACCGAGGAAGAAUCAGACGGCAAGCCACCACCGAAAAAGGCUCGGACAAGUGCCAAAGCGUCGCAUAAACCAAAUUCAGCACCGUAUGGACCAAUAAAGGAAGCCAUAUCUGCCUAUUGCACUCUGCAGCAAGCCAAACCGUUCGAAGAGCUCCUUCCUCGACCGCUUAAUGACCUCUGGCUAGGCCGGGUGUGCCGGACAGCAAGCCAUGAGCUGGGUCAUUGCUUUGGUAUAGACCAUUGUGUAUAUUAUGCAUGCGCAAUGCAAGGCACUGCGUCUAUUGCUGAGGAUGCUAGGCAGCCGCCUUACCUCUGUCCCGUCGAUCUGGCUAAGGUUCUCCACGCCACUUCUGCAUCUGCUUCCGAUCGGUAUAAAGCUCUUCUCGAAUUUUGUGAUCGGCCAGCACAUAGAAAGUCGUAUCUGUUCAAACCGUUUGCUGCUUGGAUUAGGAGUAGGCUGGCUGAUGUUGAGGGCUGA